AUGAAGAGACAGAACGCCCGGACCCUCGCGCUCAUCAUCAGCAUCCUCACCUACCUGGUGGUGGGAGCCGCGGUGUUCGAGACCCUGGAGUCGAAGCAGGAGAAGAGUCACAAGAGGAGGCUCGACGCCAGGAAGCACGAGCUCAUGCGCAAGUACAACUUGACCAAAGGGAACUUCGAGGAGCUGGAGCACGUCGUCCUGCAGCUCAAGCCUCACAAAGCCGGGGUCCAGUGGAAGUUCGCCGGCUCUUUUUACUUCGGCAUCACUGUGAUUACGACGAUAGGUUACGGCCAUGCUGCGCCCAGCACCGACUCGGGGAAAGUGUUCUGCAUGUUCUACGCCCUCCUGGGGAUCCCGCUCACCCUGGUCAUGUUCCAGAGCCUGGGCGAGCGGAUCAACACCUUCGUCAGGUACCUGCUGCACCAAGCCAAGAAGUGCCUGGCGCUGCGCCACGCCGAGGUCUCCAUGGCCAACAUGGUGACGGUGGGCUUCUUCUCCUGCCUGAGCACGCUGUGCGUGGGAGCCGUGGCGUUCUCCCACUGCGAGGGGUGGAGCUUCCUCCACGCCUUCUACUUCUGCUUCAUCACGCUCACCACCAUCGGGUUCGGGGACUACGUGGCCCUGCAGAGGGACGACGCGCUGCAGAACGACCCGCGCUACGUGGCCUUCUGCUUCGUUUACAUCCUGACGGGCCUGACGGUGGUCGGCUUCCUGAACCUGGUGGUGCUCCGCUUCCUCACCAUGAACACCGAGGACGAGCGCAGGGACGCCAGGCAGAGGGCCCUGAUGUCCGCCGGCAAGCCCGGAGGGGAGGUGGCUCGCCUGCUGCCGUUCUCGGCCUCGACCUCUCGCGCACCCGCGGCGGACGGCUCUGCCAAGGCCAGAGAUUUGAGAGGCGUCUACACCGAGGUGCUGCACUUCCAGACGAUAUGCUCCUGCUUGUGGUACCGGAGCAAGGAGAAGCUGCAGGGCUCCGUCCCCACCGUGAUCCCUCAGGAGCUGACGUUCUCCGACGCCUACAUGCAGCGGAACAGUCACCGUCCCCACUACAUGGAGCCCGGAUCGACGGGCUGCGUCUGCAGUCCGCGUCAGUGUUCCAGCAUCAGCUCCGUAACAUCGGGCCUCCGCAUCCUCUCCCCGUUCAGGAUGUGCAACAGACGCAGCUCCGUCUAGCCUCGGAGUAUUUCAGUAGAGCGCGGUGCGUCUGGGCUGCGGAGGGGACGACAGAUACUCGGUGGUCCUCACAACACGUUUGAGAUGUUUGUGGUGCUAUAAUCCGAGUGAACACACCAGUAGGACACACACAAGGGGAACAAGCACGCAGGACUGUAAACAGCAAAAGACUUUUACUCAUACGUGUUUUUUUGAGAAAUGAAACGUUUUGACUUGAGAUGUGAUUGUGUAAGAAGUCCUCUGAACAUGUGGCGGUGCAUGAGUGAGCACAGGGUGCUGCUGGGAAAGAUGUUCACUGAGCAGCAGCACAAUAGAAUGUGGCGAUAUAAUAAUACAGCUCAGCUCUGGAGUAAUUCCCAAUGCAGUGCUUUUGUUAAUAAUUUAAAUCAAGGGUUAUUCCUUAAAGCUCUAGUUUGCCAUCGUCGUAUUUGUGACUCAUUGCUGCACGAUUUCAGACGAUAUUCUGGUUUCGAGUCGCCUCGUGUUGCCCUUAAACCUAAUUGCAACAAAUCGUGAUAGUCAGAAGUGUACUAAAGCUCUCACACACACACACACAUACAUAACUGGAUAUGGCUCAUUAUUUUCUGUGUAGCUGCCUCUUUUAAUGUGAUUUUCAGAGUUGUCAGCCCAAACUGCUGCAGCGUUAUGUAACGUCACAAGUGGAAAAGUUCAAAAACUCACAAUGACCCCUAACGCAGUAAAACCGCACAAACACAAGUAGACGCACACUGAACAGUCACGGACUAAAUCAACAACUCUGACGGCCUCAACCAAACCCGUUAUCUUGACUAACCUGAUAAUCGCUGCAGGGUUGUUGGUGUUUCUGUUAAUUUGUCCACUACUGCAGCUGACGUUGGUUCAGAAGUCAGUUUGGAGCCGGCACUGGUCGCUGUCUGCUUCAUGGUGUUUUCUAUUGUGACGCUUCCAUCAGGCCUUUGGGAACCACAGUGCAGUCGAUACACACCAAUCACCCAGGUGCUUGUAAAGUACUCUAAUUAAAGAAUAGUUCAAAAAAAAAAUUACAUUUGCAUAUGGAGCUGGAGCUAGGAAGUAAAGUGCAAGUUCUGCCUUCCAGCUGUAUAUUAGUGAUUUCAACUUGUAGCAGCAAUUAAAUUGGAUUAAUUUGCUAAUUUCACAGUGUUUCCUGUUUUACACUACCGUUCAAAAGUUUGGGGUCACUUAGAAAUGUCUUUAUUUUUCAAAGAAAAGCACUUUUUUCAAGAAAGAUAACAUUAAAUUAAUCAAAAAUACACUCUAUACAUUGUUAAUGUGGUAAAUGACUAUUCAAGGUCAAAGUGUCUGGUUUCUAAUGAAAUAUCUCCAUAGGUGUAUAGAGGCCCAUUUCCAUCAACGAUCACUCCAGUGUUCUAAUGGUACAUUGUGUUUGAUAAUCGCCUUAGAAGACUAAUAUCUGAUUAGAAAACCCUUGUGCAAUUAUGUUAGCACAGCUGAAAACAGUUAUGCUGGUGAUAUAAGCUAUACAACUGGCCUUCCUUUGAGCUUGAAGUUUGUAGAACAAAAUUAAUACUUCAAAUAUGAAUCAUUAUUUCAAACCUUGUCAAUGUCUUGACUAUAUUUUCUAUUCAUUUGAUAAAUAAAAGUGUGAUUUUUCAUGGAAGAUACAAAAUUGUCUGGGUGACCCCAAACUUUUGAACGGUAGUGUACGUGUGGCUUGCUUCUACGCCGGGAUGUCUCUUGGUAAACAAGAACAAUCAUGAUGAAUUUAAAAAGUGCACAAAGCAUCCUGCUUUGAGAGAAAUCGUACCGUGUGGAGCCUCCUCUGCUCUACAUAUAUGAUAAUGGUGACAUUUACAAGGUUACAAGGCUAAUUUAUUGUCAACAGGGUUGCGCAACGAAAUGCAGUAUGUGGUCCCGUACGGCUCGUGAGGAAAACACACAAAAACCAAACUAUAUCUGGGGGAAGGAGGAGGAUGAAUUUGAAGAAGUCUGGUGGUACGGCGGCUUAUAUUUCUGUAUCUAAUGCCAGACGGCAGGCGGGUGAAGAGGCUGUGGCUGCGGUGCAUAUCGUCUUUUCAUAUCCUCUGGGACCCCCCCCCACCCGCCCAGUGAGGCCAUUGCGUGAGGCUUGUGCCGUGAAGUGUUGUAACAUGUUUAACAUAAAUAUGGUAGCGUAUUUUUUUUUUUAUGGUGUUGAGAAACUUUAUAUUGUUCCUGUAACUGUAACAUAAUACAGGUAAUUUAUUUUGUAUCCUAAUUACAUAACUCUGUUCCAUGUU